GACACAGGAGAACGAGAAACACAGACGGACACACCGAACAAACCGGACAACGGAUAGAGCCAGCCUGGCCACAGCGGCCACGGGCCACCAUGAGGUUCUACAAGACCAUCUUGCUGCCGCUCCUGGCCUUGGCGCAGUUUGCCCUCGGCGCAGAAGACUACUACAAGGUGCUCGGCCUCGACCGGCAAGCCUCAGACAGACAGAUCAAGUCGGCCUACAGGCAAUUAAGCAAGAAGUACCACCCGGAUAAGAACCCUAACGACCCGACAGCGCACGAAAAGUUCGUUCAAGUCUCGGAGGCGUACGAGGCGCUCUCGGACCCCGAGUCGCGCAGGAUCUACGACCAGUACGGCCACGAGGGGCUCAAGCAGCGCAAGCAGGGCGGCGGCUUCCAGACGCACGACCCGUUCGACCUGUUCAGCCGCUUCUUCGGCGGCGGCGGCCACUUCGGCAACCAGCCGGGCCAGCGGCGCGGGCACAACGUCGAGGUUAAAGUCGGCAUCGCGCUGCGCGACUUCUACACGGGCCGCACGACCGAGUUCCACUGGGACAAGCAGCAGAUCUGCGAGGAGUGCGAGGGCACCGGCGCGGCCGACCGCGUCGUGCACACCUGCCAGGUCUGCGGCGGCCGCGGCGUCCGCAUGGUGCGCCAGCAGCUGGCCCCGGGCAUGGUCACGCAGAUGCAGAUGCAGUGCGACGCCUGCGGGGGGCGCGGCAAGACCAUCGCCCACCGCUGCCCCGUCUGCCACGGCGAGCGCGUCGUGCGCAAGCCCACCGCCGUGUCCGUCACCAUCGAGCGCGGCAUGGCCGACGGCGCGCGCAUCGUGUUCGAGAACGAAGCCGACGAGAGCCCGGACUGGGUGGCCGGCGACCUGGUGGUCUCGCUGUUCGAGAAGGAGCCGGCGGUCGACGACGACGCGACCAACCCGGACCGCGUCGACGGCGCCUUCUUCCGCCGCAAGGGCGACGACCUCUACUGGCGCGAGGUGCUCUCGCUGCGCGAGGCCCUGCUGGGCGACUGGACGCGCAACCUGACCCACCUGGACGGCCACAUCGUGCGGCUGUCGCGCCCGCGCGGCAGCGUCGUCCAGCCGCACCACGUCGAGACCGUGCCGGGCGAGGGCAUGCCCAAGUGGCACGAGGACGGCGACAGCGUCUACCACAAGACCGAGUUCGGCAACCUGUACGUCGAGUACGUCGUCGUCCUGCCCGACCAGAUGGACAGCGCCAUGGAGAAGGAGCUCUGGGCCCUCUUCCAGAAGUGGCGCGCCAAGAAGGGCGUCGAUCUGCACAAGGACAGCGGCCGGCCCGACAAGCCCGUCAUGCGCGACGAGCAGGAGCAUGGGCAUGAGGAGUUAUAGCAUGAGGAGUUAUAGAAUUGGGAGGGCCCCCGGUGCCGACUGCUAGAUGAAUGAAAUUGGUAUUUUUACGUACCUUGUUGCACGGCAAAUCCAAGAAGAGGGGCUUUUGGUAUAGAACAUGCAUCCAGUGUCAAUUCCGUGCGUGAUGAGCGCGCGAGCGCGAUAUGCAGAGACAGACCGAAGCUUGCAAGUCGUGAAGUU